CAAAGGAAGCUAAUCCGGUUACCCUAAUAGGGAUGUACGGCGCUGCGUACGGGGUUAUUGCGGACAUUGCGACGAUUGAUGAGAGGGGCUCCUUCGUUGGGGUGCUGCUUCUUAUGACCGACUUUGCCACGAGCUUGGGACCCGUCAUUGGCGGUGGCCUGACCCAGGCCUUUGGCUGGCGUGCGAUCUUUUGGUUCCUGGCCAUCCUCACAGGAUCGCACUUUGUUAUCAUGCUGUUGUUCUUUCCGGAAACUCAGCGGAAGAUCGUGGGGAACGGCAGUAUCGAGCCUAGAGGGCUCAUCUACCAGACCGUCUUUUCGCUUAUUCGGAGGCGAAGAAGGUUGCGCGAUACCGAGAUGAUGAGAGGAGGAGAGAGAGAUGGUCAUGAGAACAGAGCUCCCGCCAAAACCAAAACCAGGCUCCGGUUCCCGAAUCCCUUGGCUUGCCUGCCUGUGCUAGCAAACAAGGGGUCACUGCUGGUCAUCCUGAUUACUGCCAUCAACUAUGCCGUCAAGGCCGCGCUGCAGACGUCGCUCGACGCCCAAGGUUCCAAGCUUUACGGGCUCAACUCCAUCCAGGCAGGGUUGGUCUACCUACCUUCGGGGGUCGGUGGCGGUUUCGGAUCGUACGGUGCCGGCAAAUUUAUCGACUGGAACUACCGCCGCACCGUGGACCGGCUGCGCAAGGACGAGGGAGCCGAAUACGACAGGAAGUCACCCGAGUUUCCGCUCGAAAAGACGCGGCUGAGAGGGAUCUACGUCUUGAGUGGGACAACAGUGGCGGGGAUUAUCGGAUAUGGCUUGACACUCAAGUUUCGUUGGCACAUUGCUGUCAUGCUCGUCAUGCAGCUCUUGACGGGCACUGCAACGGCUGCCACGUUUACGCUCUGCGGGACCCUCCUGACGGACCUCAACAUGAACCGGUCGGCCACCGCCCAGGCGGCCAGCAAUCUCGUUCGUUGUCUGAGUGCCGGCGGGGCGGUGGCCAUCUUGCAGCCAAUGGUUGAGAACCUGGGACCGGCAGGGUGCUUCGCCGUCUACGCAUCCAUCGUUUCCCUCGGAAUUCCGCUGGCUUGGGUGUUGCAGAGGUACGGGCUUGCUUGGAGAAAGGGGCAGCCAACGGCGGCUUGAAAAAGGGGUUGACAACCCCCCCGAAUAUUCGCCGAAAAGAUAGAGAACGCGGUUUGCGGUCCUGAGGUUGAACUAAUUAAUAAUACGGAUUGAAUCG